UGAUACCUAAACGUUUUUUUGCCAUAUCUAACGGUACGCCCGGUCGACAUAGGUACUUAUCGCCAUAACUCAGCCGGCUUGCUUAUAGUAAACAACAUCGGAGUAAUUAACAUUAAAUUCGUAAGAAAGUGUUUUAGUUUACGUUCUCAGUUCAUUGUGCUGGUGUUGUUGGUGGAACAGAGUGUUUAUAGUGCUAAGAAGGUUAUAUACGCGAGUUAGCCGAAAAAGCAUUGUGUGCGGCUCAGGUGACGGAACUGCAACUUCGGAUUGCUAAAUUAGAAUGUGUUUACAACACGUAUGACGAGAUUCAAACCAAGUUGGAGUAUAUGGUCGAGGAUGACGAGGCCCAGUUGGACGAGAGGUCUGAUUUCGAGGAUUUGUACUACUCGUCAGUCGCGGCGGCCAAGGAAUUGGUAAACAUGCAUACCAAGGUCGCGCCUAGCGAUGGGGGUUCCGACAACAAUACACGGCGUCAUCCACAUGUAAAAUGUAAGUUACCUACCAUUUCUUUACCCAAAUUUGGAGGCUCGUAUGAUACAUGGCUUGAGUUUCGCGACACAUUUGAUAGUUUGAUAAAUAAUGACGACUCCAUCGAUGAUGUAAACAAGUUUCAUUAUUUGAGGGCUUCAUUAGAAGGCAGUGCCGCGGUAAUUGUACAAUCAUUGGCAUUGUCUAGUAGUAACUAUAAAAUAGCUUGGCAAUUAUUAUGCGACAGAUACAAUAAUAAGCGGUUAUUAGUGAAUAAUCAUAUUAAGGCCAUAUUUAAUAUAACCCCAAUUACCAAGGAGUCAUCAACAGCUAUUCGGCAUCUUAUUGACACGAUAUGUAAAAAUAUACGUGCGUUAGCGACCCUUGAUGAACCAACCACCCAUUGGGACACAUUAUUAGUGUAUAUAAUAUGUCAAAAACUUGACAAUGUUACUAGACGAGAGUGGGAGGAGUUUGUGCCUAGUUGCGAAACAAUUACUUUCGAUGCUAUCAUACAUUUCCUCAGCGAUCGUGCGGAUCUAUUGGAAACCAUGGCGAUGGAGGGCCCCGGGCGUCGCGCGUCCUGGCCGCUCGCCGCCGGCGCCGGCGCUGCCCCCGCGGCGCACGCGCGCUCCGCCGUACGACGGGUAAAGGAAAAAUGUUUCGUAGGACUAGAUGAACGUCAAACCGACACUGUGAGUAGCCCACUUUUUACAUAUGAAUGUCCGUUAUGUAAGCGUGGUCAUUGGUUAUUUGAGUGCCCCGACUUUCUCGCGUUAUCUAAUAAAGAACGUGCAGAUAAGGUUCAAGGGAUGAAAGUAUGUUUGAAUUGCUUAAAACCCGGGCACAUAGCGAAGUAUUGUAGGCGUGGUCCGUGCAAGUCGUGUUCAUUACGUCAUAACUCGCUUAUACACGUGGAUAGGUUGCCGUCGAAGGCUCCAGUAGCAAUGCCGGCGAUAGAAGUGACUCCCAGCAGUCCGAGCGAGCACGACGAGUCCGAACCGGAACCCGGCUGCAGUUCUAACAGCAGCGUCAUGAGCGUUACGUUGCCGGCCCAUCCUGCUUUGGAAGGUCAAGUCAUACUGUCUACUGCGCUAGUAGAAGUACAUGAUCGCGACGGUAAACCACAUAUAGCACGCGCAUUUUUGGACAACGGGUCUUCACCCAAUUUUAUUAGAGCUGACUUUUGCAAAAAACUUAACUUACCUAUUAGGGAGGUAAAUGCGUCUUUAACUGGUAUUCAAAAUAUAAAGUCGAGCGUACAUAAAUUAUGUGACGCAAGGUUUUCAUCUUUGUUUGACAAAAGUUUUAGCAUGAAAAGGUCAUUUUACGUAGUUCCACAAGCUACAUGCGACUUACCUUUGGAAAAGGUAAAUGUAUCAAUGUUAGACAUACCUGAACAUUUAGUCUUGGCUGAUCCUAAGUUCCACUCGCCGGCAGCUAUCGAUAUUAUUCUUGGCGCCGAGGUCUUUUGGGAAUUGUUAGGCUACGAUAGAAUUAAAUUGGGACGAAACAAGCCCACCGUUUAUGAGACCAAGCUAGGUUGGGUAGUGUCUGGGCGUGAUGCGCAUAAUCCUAACUCUAAAAACAUUUGUUGCAAUUUUGUUCAAAUGAAUAAUCAAGAUGACGAAUUGACGCGUUUUUGGAAGUUAGACGAAGCAACAAUAAAACCCGCGACGGCUUAUUAUACCAACGAUGAACGGGCUUGCGAGGAACACUUUGUUAAAAAUACCUCUCGGUUACCGGACGGUAGGUUUAUGGUUAGGUAUCCUUUAAAGCAGCCUGCAUCUUCGUUGGGCGAUUCUUACGAGCGGGCAAAACAAUGUUUUCUGUCGUUAGAGCGCAGACUAGAACGGCAGCCGCAAUUGAAGCCUAUGUACAAAGAUUUUAUGAACGAAUACGAGACUUUGGGAGACAUGUCCAAGGUUACUUCCAAUGAGAUAGUAGGAAACUUUUUGCCUUUUCACGGCGUGUUACGGCUUUCUAGCCUCACGACAAAGCUCCGGGUCGUGUUCAAUGCUAGUGCGCGCACGUCUACCGGAGUAACGCUGAACGACAUUCAGUAUGUAGGACCUACUAUUCAGGACGAUCUCAUAGCUAUCUUGUUACGUUUUAGGCAAUACCGCUUUGUGUACACGGCUGACGUGGAAAAAAUGUAUAGGAGGAUAGUCGUGCACCCUGACGAUAGGUAUUUGCAACAAAUCAUUUGGCGCAAUGAUCCAUCUGAACCUCUGUGCAUAUAUAAAUUAAAUACGGUCACUUACGGUACGGCCAGUGCUCCGUUCUUAGCUGUUAGGUGCCUUAAACAGUUAUCACUGGACUGCUCGGACCCUCGACUCACUGAAAUUAUUGCCCAUGACUUUUACAUGGAUGACUUUUUGUCCGGGUCUGACACUGAGCAAGAAGCCACCAGCAUUAUAACUCAGGUCAGUGCAGUACUUAAAAGUGCUGGUAUGAAUUUACGCAAGUGGCGUUCAAAUGAAGCUAGGCUCAUAAAUGAACAUAGUGACGAUUCUAGAAAUCUAAAUCUAGGCAACUUGGACGAAAGUAAGACGCUAGGGCUAGGUUGGAAAAGUGGAGCCGAUGUCUUGUAUUUCACUAUCGACUUAGGAAAAAUCCCUGAAAAGUUAACCAAGCGGUUUAUCCUCUCCACGAUAGCAAAAAUAUUUGACCCUCUAGGUCUUUUAUCGCCGGUUGUCAUUCAGGGUAAAAUCCUACUUCAGCUUCUAUGGCUUUCGCGAGUUUCUUGGGAUGAUGAAGUGCCUCAAGAGAUUUCCCAAAAGUGGCAUAGUAUAACAAAGUCUUUACCGGAGUUAAACCACUUAUGCAUUCCUCGUAGUGUCGUAGGAAUCCACGCGUCGCGAGUGGAAUUCCAUAUUUUUACGGAUGCGUCUCAAUCUGCGUACGGAGCUUGUUUGUACGUACGCACUAUCACUAACACAGGAGUAAUAGUUACUCGGUUACUCAUGGCAAAAAGUAGGGUAGCUCCACUUCGGCCGGUAACUAUUCCCCGAAUGGAAUUAUGCGGAGCUUUGAUCGGAGCACAGCUUUACCAAAAAGCACUAACAUCACUUCGCAUGAAAGCAGACGGUUGUACAUUUUGGACCGAUUCCAUGAUCGUGUUAGGAUGGCUUAGAAUGCUACCAAACCAACUCAAGGUAUUCGUACGAAAUCGCGUAGCUGAUAUACUCGAAAUUACUGGCGGUUGGCCUUGGCGACACGUACCUACUAAGGACAAUCCAGCUGAUCUGGUUUCACGCGGACUCGAUGCGGGUUCAAUUGCUUCGGCUGAUAUUUGGUGGAAUGGUCCAGCAUUCCUAUGUAAUGAUGAAGAGGACUGGCCCAAAAAUCACCACGCGAGCAGGGAUAGUGAUGAAGUUAACGCUGAGGUAAUCGUUGCUAACGUAGCGUGCGAAGCUACACUAUCCCCUCUAUCAGAAUUGAAUCUUACGAAAUAUUCCAAUUUUAGCAAACUCAAGCGAGUUACCGCUUACGUUCUACGGUUUAUCAAUAAUGCGCGACCGGGUAGUGUCAGAAAUUCGGGAUUUCUUAACACUAAAGAACUUCAGGCGGCUAUGAAUACUUUAGUAAAAUUAUCGCAAAUAGAAUCAUUUUACUCAUAUGAUGAUGUUAAAAAUAAAACUUUACUCAAACCCAAAGACCCGCUUACAAAACUGAAUCCUUUCGUGGAUUCUGAAGGACUUAUGCGUGUAGGCGGACGACUUCGAAACGGGCCUUUUAACUUCGACAAAAAGCAUCCAGCUAUCUUGCCGAAAGGGCAUUUUAUAACGGUGACAUACUUCAAUUCCGUUCACAUCAUUUUGUUACACGCGGGACCUCAAGCCAUGCUAGCGUACGUAAAGUCUACUUAUUGGCCAAUCGGUGGUCGUACCCAAGCUAGGUCAACGUAUUACAAAUGCGUCCUGUGCACUCGUAUGCGCGGUGCAACUAUAGCGCCACUCAUGGGCAACUUACCCUCACCGCGAGUAACGCCAGGCUUUCCUUUCGAGGUGGUUGGCGUAGAUUAUGCCGGUCCUAUACUGGCUGCGUCUCGAAAGGGUCGUGGUAGUCAAACUAUAAAGGUAUACAUCGUGAUCUUUGUUUGUUUUAAAACGAAAUGUGUACACCUUGAACUAUGUACUGACUUGUCUGCAGAAGGUUACAUGGCGGCAUUGAAGCGAUUCGUUAGUCGCCGCGGCUUACCUUCUGACAUAUACUCCGACAAUGGAACCCAGUUUGUCGGGGCAUACAAUGAUUUAAAGAGAUUUCUUGCCAGUCAUGCGAAGACGUUAUCUGAGUCUGCAGCCAAUGACGGCAUUAGGUUCCACUUUAUUCCACCAUAUUCACCACACUUUGGCGGUUUGUGGGAAGCCGGGGUGAAAUCUACUAAACACCAUUUAGUUAGAGUCUUAGGUAACUGUCAUUUAACGUUUGAAGAGAUUUAUUGCGCACUGUGUCAAAUAGAGGCAAUUUUAAAUUCCAGGCCUCUUACUCCUUUAACCAGCGAUCCUUCUGAUCUGCUACCACUUACUCCAGGCCAUUUUUUAAUCGGACGACCACUCACAGCUCUUCCGACUCCCUGUCUGACAGAGAUUCCUCCUUUGAGACUUACACGGUACCAGAGGAUCGAACAGUUGAGGCAACACUACUGGGUUCGCUGGUAUAAAGAAUAUGUUUCUGAGCUUCAGGAGCGAACCAAAUGGAGGCAAGCCAAGGGUCAACUUUCAACUGAUACCAUGGUCGUCAUCAAAGAAGACAACCUGCCUCCAAUGAAAUGGAAGCUCGGCAGAAUCGUUAGCGUCAUCCCUGGAUCUGAUGGCAUCAAUCGCGUGGCCGACAUCCGGACGUCGUCUGGGAUCAUCCGUCGUGCGUUCAGCAAAAUAUGUCCACUACCAGUCGAAAAGUAAAUCUUCAGUUGAAAGACCAAGCUUUCAACGUGGGCGGGCAUGUUGGAACGAAACGCAAGGCUUCAACGGGGGCUGCGGCGAGACGGGGGCGACCUCUGGCUAUA